CAAAUUCAGAAAUGAAAGUGUAAUGGACUAAAUUUUUGUUAUUCAGUUCAUUACAUUAAUAUGAAUACAAAAAUCAAGUAAAGAGCAAUUUGUCCAUUCUGUUCAUAUCACUUUGGUGAAAGUAGUAUUGCAGUUGCUUUGUUUUAAAUGUCAAAAGCGUUUCUUAUAAUAAUUUUGUUUUGUUUUAUUUUGCAAUAAUGGAUUUAUCAACUGAUAAUUUAUUGGAUCAGCAGCAACAAAUUAAUUCCUAUGUUUUACAAAAUUUGUCAGAUAUUUUAGACCUUGAAAACGUGAAUUUAGAUAAUGAAGAAACUUGGCUAUGUGAUACAGAACGCAAAACAAAUAUUGAAUGUAGAGGAUGGCUCUAUAAAGAAAUGAAUUGUAUUUCGAAAAAGAACUUAGUUGCACAUUUAAAGUCUGCCAAGAAUAUUGAUACAAGGACCUUUACUCGGCCAAAAAGAAGACUGAUUCGGCCCAGCAUAGAACAAUAUGAACAACUCUAUAACAGUAGCAGUGACACAACUGAAAUGUCGUCUUCCACUGAGAUUUUAUUUAGUUCUGGUCUCAAAUUAUCUGAAAAAGUUGAAGAGGAACCAGAACCUACACAGGAUUAUUUUACUAAAAAACCUCUUCAUUUUGAUUUGUCUCAACCCAUAAACAAUUUUGAUAGUUUUAUGUUAAAUUCUAGUGAGUUCGACUCCUUUCAAAAUAUGUCACCCCCAAGUCUGGUCAACUCUUUGUGUUCUUCAACAUUUGCCAAUUUAAUGGAAAAUAGUUUUAUAAAAAAUGAUCCUGUGUUAAGAGAGAUUAGAGAUAAAGAUUUUACAGAAACUGCUUUGCUACAAGACACAGAAGCACCUAUAUUCCAGUCUAUAACUGAAAGUUGUAGUAGCAUUAAUUCUGACAGCCCAGAAAAUUUUCUGAAGAAAGUGUCCACAAAUCACUCUUUUAGAAAGAAUAUGUUAGAAAAUAGUACUGUGUCUGAUACAGUACAAGAAAAUGGCAGUGAUAAUAGCAACAAUUCAACCUUUAAAAUUGGAUCCAAUAUGUUAGAAAGCACAUUCUCAAAAGGACAACUUAAUUCAGUAAAGACUAUUGACGAAUCAAAAUCUGGUGCGGGAGCUGCCCAAUUCACUUCUCCAAAAGUUGAGAUUUCCACAAAUCAUAAUGGUACUUACAGAAGAACUCCAAAACUAAAUGGUACAUUCAGGAAAUCUGAUCUUAAGAAAAACCGCCUAUCGUUAAAUUUAACUUAUGAAAUGCAUAAAGACAACUUCUUGGAUAGCAAUACAUCAAAGAGUGUGGAAAAAGAUUUGAGUCAACUUUCUUCUGAAGACUUAAGUCAUUCAAGAUCAAGUGCAACAAUGAUUCUACCUAGCAAUAGCAUAGAAGAUAUGAAGAAGCGUUACUCCUUGUCUGAUGUUCAUAAACCAGAUCUGAAUAAGUUAAAUUAUUGUGUGGAAGAGAAAGUAAACCAAAUAAAUUCUGCUUAUAAGGAUGGGGAAUUAAAUAGGACUGUUAACAUCAAAAGAUCUUCUUUAGGGUCAGCGGACAGUUUGGACAGAAUGAGCAGCCUAUCAAGCAGUAGUAAAGGUUCUAAUAAAAUGUUGAAUAUGGCAGAUAUUGAUGCUAUUGUUGAAAUGCAAGAAAGAACCUUAAAUCAGGCAAUGUCCACACCCAAGCCAAAUAUAGGGGCCAAAAAAAUUUGGGAGAAUACUUUAUUAUCUCCAAUUGUCAGAGGAACUAGGGAACACCUGUCAGAUUCUGAGCUAUCAUCAGAAGAAUACAAAAGUGUGCGGUCAACAUUAUCAUCCAAGACCUCCAUAGAGAAUUAUCCUAAGCAUCCAACAAAAAGCAUGGGUUAUUUGGCUGAAGGCACUGAAAUCAAACAGAAAACAACGGGGCAUACUUUGUACACGCUAGCUAGUCAAAAGCCGUUACAGGCGCUUUCGAAUAAUAUUAGGGGAUCUUAUGGAAAUUUGAAAACAAUACACACGAAUAUUGGAGGAUCCCACACCACCCUGUAUAGACCGAGCAAUCUGGUGAGAGCACCGUCGCAGACCAAUUUGAGAAUAAUGGGAAAUCAACUGAAAGGAUCUUAUACAAGUUUAAAACCCAUCAGUGCCAACUUACCUGUUGUGCCACCAGCAGAGACAAACUUAAAGAACCAUGCUCAACUGAGAAAGACUACAGAGGUGUCAUUAUCGAAAGAGAAGGCCGGUGCAUUUCUUAAACCUCAAAUACCUCGAAGUAGCGGUUUACCCAGGCCUACGGGAAUACCCAGACCCGCCUCCCGAAUUCCGGGACCUCGAAGUAGUAACGUAAGGCCUUCAUACUCAAGGAGCUCAAAUUACUGACGAAUAAUUUUAAGAAAACAAUCGUGCCUUAGUGACUGCUUUGUCACAUAUCUAAAUCCGUACGUCAUGUAACAUAUCUUUUUGAAUAAAUUUUUUAUUAUAAUUUGUU